GGAAGGACGCCUCCGCUCUCGCCUGCUGUGGAGCCAUCAGGCGAUCGGGCUACGUGAAGCUCAGAACGGUCCGUAAUUGGUCGGCACGAAGAUGUGGCGCGGCGCGGGACGGCUGGCGUUGGCCCGAGCGCUGGAGGGCGGGGCCUGGGCCUCCGCCGAGGGGCGGGGCCGGGGCGCGUCCCCUUUUCUCCCUGUCAGCUGUAGCCGUUUUAGUACGGUGAGUGCCGGCUUUUCGUCCGCCAGUGCAGUCAGCGUAGCGAAGUCGCAGCUCCGGACCCUCAGCGAGAGCGCAGGCUUCUUGGGAAGGAUUAAACAUAGUGUCACGAUGCCAGAAAUAAAUACUGACAAUCUUGAUGAACAGCAAGUUCAGCUUCUUGCAGAGAUGUGCAUUCUUAUUGAUGAAAAUGAUAACAAAAUUGGUGCAGAAACAAAAAAGAAUUGCCACCUGAAUGAAAACAUUGAUAAAGGAUUAUUGCAUAGAGCUUUUAGUGUCUUCUUAUUUAAUACAGAAAAUAAGUUAUUACUGCAGCAGAGAUCAGAUGCUAAAAUUACUUUUCCAGGUUGUUUUACAAAUACUUGUUGUAGUCAUCCAUUGAGCAACCCAGGAGAACUGGAAGAAAAUAAUGCCAUAGGAGUAAGACGGGCAGCUCAGAGACGGUUAAAGGCCGAAUUAGGAAUCCCCAUGGAACAGGUUCCUCCAGAAGAUAUUUCCUACCUAACACGAAUCCACUACAAGGCACAGUCUGAUGGGAUAUGGGGAGAACAUGAAAUUGAUUACAUCUUGUUUGUGAGGAAGAAUGUAACCUUAGAUCCUGAUCCCAAUGAGAUUAAAAGCUAUUGUUAUGUGACCAAAAAAGAAUUAGAAGAACUCCUGGAAAAAGCAGCUAAUGGUGAAAUUAAGAUUACACCAUGGUUCAAAAUCAUUGCAGACACUUUUCUUUUUAAAUGGUGGGAUAACUUGAAUCACUUGAAUAAAUUUGUUGAACAUGAGAAAAUUCAUAGAAUGUAAAAAUGGGUUGGGAAAACUCCACAUUAAAGUUGUUUUAAAAUUACUUUGUUCUCUUUUAUGAGGACCAUUAUAAAUAAUAUGCUAUUUGAAUAUGUAGAAAGACCAUUGGCUUGGUGACUGUAAAUUAUAUGUUUUCAGUACUCACAUGGCCAGAAGGUAUAUAUACAUGGGGAAGAUUUUUUUUUAAACUUAAAAAUAAAACCACAUUUGCCUGCAGACCUACUCAUAGCUAAACUAAAUUCUUUUUUUUUUUUAACAUGUGCCUAAAAAUCGAUUUGUGGCAAAUUUAUAUAAAUUAAGUUUUACUAUAAUUGGAACAGACUUUUUCAAUAUCUAAGUUUCUAUAAUGGUUUAGAUAAAAAAUAUUUGUCUAAAAGGAUAGAUUUACUUCUAAAAUAAUUACCUUUUUAUCUGCUUGACUUUUGAAACAUGUUAAAAUAAUUUCAGUAUAACUGUAUUGAAUUAGUGUAGAAGACUUUAAGAACAAUGGUGAUGUCUCAAAGAUUUGGUUUCUUUACCUCUAUUCUGGGUAAAAAUAGGGGUUAGAAAGUCUGGAAGUGGGCCUUUAAAAAAAAAGGAAGUAAAAGUAGAUUUAAGUUUUAGAACUACUCUUUGUAUAAAUACUUGAAUUCAGAUAGCACUGUUCUAGGGGGAAAUAACAGGACAAAACUUUUUUUUUUUUUUAAGCAGUUUUUCAACUAGGCAGAUUUUUCAUAGCAGAGUUUUAAAAAUCAGAGUGACCACAACUAUUCAUGAACUAAGAAUGUGGUUCAGAAAACAUAAGAGCAUGACUUGAUUAUAGAAAAGAACUUCUAUUGUAAGAUAGUAUAUAGCAAAAUGUUCUAAGCACCAGCCUGAUCCAAGUAAAUGUAGGUUGUUGAGCUAAUAAAAUGUGCAAUUUUAAAUUUUACCUUCUGAUUUCUUUUUAUACCAUUGGAAAUCUUGGGACAUUCCAUUAAUCUUAAAAGUUAUAAUCUAACAAAAGAUGAAGAGAAAAUUUAAAAUUUGCUUCUUAAACCUAUGAUAAUGGGGUUAGGGGAGGGAAAAUCAUAUGUCCUUAAACUUUAACAUGUAUUUAUUUUAUAGUUUUUAAAUAAUUGAACUUUUUUUUUGUUCUCCUAAUCUGUAUACAGUAUAACAUGAUGGACUUAUUUUACUAAACAAAGCAUAAAUAAAAUCAAUAAAAAAAUUUUCACAUUCUUUAA